ACGUCAUUAAGUUAACGGUCAACUUUGAACAGUAAAAGUUAACGGAGUUGGACGGAGAGUGACCAAACGUGAACGGUUUCAGUAAACUGAAGUACCAUCGAUGGAUUUAAAUAUUUCGAGUGACCAAACUUGAACGCUUUUUGUAAUCUCAGUGACCAACCAUGCAAUUAACCCCUAUUUUUUAUUUUUCCAUGUCUCUCCCUCUAGUUCCUCUGCCAACAAUAUCUCUCAAGUUACUCUUGUUUCUUCCCAAACAAAUCAAGGACUCCGCCAGACGGUCCGAGUUGCAGAGUCUCUAGGUUUCGUCGAUUUCUAGACCUCGUUCGUCCGAUUGCAUAAGUGUGUUGGACUCAAUGCUCGUCCUUGUCGUCUCCAUCGGCACUAUCACUAUGUUUUUUUAGGUUUCUUCUCUCUGCCCUCUGUUCUUGCUCUCUCCCUCCUCCAUUCGGAGACGAAACAACCAUUUGUGUCGUCAAUUCAUACAGUGAGAAAGGGAUUCGCCAACAGCCUGGAGAUACUGGUGGGUGAAGAACCAGAUCUAAGGGAUCUUGCACAUGCAAGACUCUCCAGGCGAUGAUGCCGAUCAAGUGGUCCAUAGAGGCACAAAGAGAGGCUUCGAAUAAUGACGGGAAGGCUGCAAGGAAUUUGGAGAAGCUCACCCUUUUCAGGUAGUUAUAUUUGGCGCUCGUUUUGUACCUGUAUUUCACCAGAGUUGUGGGACGACGAUUGGGUCGGCGCUGGGUUAUAGGUUCGAGUGGGUGAGGCAGUUUUUAGGGGAGGCUGAGAGCUUAGUGUUUGUGUUCUAUAACUUCUAGCCUAACGAGAAGAACCCUUACAACUUGUUUGCAGGAUUAUCAAACCCAAAAACUUACCUUGUUGUAGCAGCAACAAUGUGGAAAGGGAGGCUAUGGAACAGAAGUCACGCUGGAGAUCCCACUUUUUUUCCUAGAAGUGAAUAUUGGAUUAGUUCCCUGCCAUUCAUAGUUUUUUUUUUUGAUAAAUUUGAGAAAUUAAAUUAAAGAGGAGAGAAGGUAGUACAAAGGAAACAAAGUUCAGCAGGGCUGAACCUUAAAAACAACUAGAAAAAAAGACAAAAAUGAGAACCCAGAAGGCGACUGAGAAACGAUCGCUAGACAUCAAAAGACUCAAAGAGCAAGACGACCCCUUGAAAAGACAAGAACAUCGAAACAGAAAGAAACGAUCGCUAGACAUCAAAAGACUCAAAGAGCAAGGCGACCUCCUGAAAAGACAAGACUCAAAGAGCAAGACGACCCCCUGAAAAGACAAGAACAUCGAAACAGAAAGAAACGAUCGCUAGACAUCAAAAGACUCAAAGAGCAAGGCGACCUCCUGAAAAGACAAGAACAUCGAAACAGAAAGCCUUCCGAUCAACACUCAAGAAAGACAUGAACCAGAAUGGCAGGGAGCAGUAACGUUGUUUUGAGAAUUUUGUUUAUGUGUGGGCCUAAAACAGUAAACCAUGGAGAGAGAGAGAGGGAGCGAGGGAGAUAGUCGAACCGUUGCCGAGCUACCAACGGAUGAAAGGAAGCAUCAGGGGAGUGAUUCAGGAGAGAUUGAGAGCAAAGGGGACAUGACUCAUCAGCGAACUUCUUUGUCUUUGUUGUGCAGGUACGAUGCCGAAGGGAUAGAGGUCAGCGGGGCUCGCGCGAGGAAAGUUGGAGGCGUAUGAGAAUGGGUGCGAAGAUGGUCACCAUCAGUAAAACUGACAAGGACAAAGUGGGAACUUACAAACUGCAGGUGAAAGAUAGCAGAAAGAGUUGGUUCGUCUUCCUCGACGAGUGUCAGAUUACUUGGUUACAGGGGAUUCUUCAGACAGCUGCAAUGAAAGAUUGGAGGUUUUCAUCCAUGAGUAUUAAGAAGAGCGGAUCUCGUAUCGGAAAGUCAAUCCGGAGACGCGAAGAGUUCCUACAAAUCUCGGAGCAAACUUAUAACGGCAGGGUGUUCAAGGUUUUGAUCCCGGCCUCUGGUAAUAACCGUGGAUGGGCAAAACUCAUCCAUCUCCUGAAAGAUUUCUAUAAGAUGGAGCUCCAGGCUCGUGUUCAUCAGGGCUGCUAUGCGUCCUCAGCACUGCCCGACUCUGUCCCCAAGCCUGACUACCUUGAUCAGUCUAUAUCGUACGCGGACGCUGUCAGAUAUGGGGGAGGCAGAUGUCAUAUCAAGCAGAACCAAGAAGGAAGAUUCAUAGACGUAGGUUCAGAAGGGGUCAAGGAGCGCACUGGGAUAAUAUAGAUAUCCAGUCUGCAACAAGCUGGAUCCUUGCCUUCAACAUCCCACUGCACAUCAAAAGCAUCGAUCUACUUAAAACUAUAGGGAAUUUUUGUGAUGGAUUCAUUGAUCUCGAUUGGGAUGCAUGGCCUUUACCGUUCGCUCGCAUCAGAAUUAAGAGAAACAUGACCAUACCGGAGAUUGUCCCCGUACGGCACGGAACUCACUGCUACCAAAUCAAUUACAGAAGCCUUGAAUUCCUUCUUAAAAAUUUCUUAGGUAAUGAAUACUACGAUGUAUAUUUAUCGCAUAUGUGGUGGGUUCAUUUCAAAUACAAAUUGCACCCUAUUUUGUAUGUAAUAUGACUUGGAAGAUGAGUUGCGCCUUAUCGAAUGUAAGUUCAACUCUUACAGAAGAGAGUAGAGUUGACACUUAAUAUGAGCUUAAUGAACACUUAAUAUGUGU